ACCCCCCACACACUCUCCUUCCACACCUACCAUCCUAUGCUUGACAUCACCCUCGAUGGGCCCACGCUGUGUGCAUUUAUAUACCCCAGUGCCGUCCAUGACACCAUUUUGAAUAACAGAAGCAGUAGCCACCGCUCACCUCUCCUGAGCCAAGUCCGCCCGCACCACCCACUUCAUCCUCUCCCUUCGAGCCAGAACGUCCUAGAGAUACACCUUCGAAGUCAUCCACAACUAUUACUGAGUUCACUGCACCUCCGAUUGCACGUCGCGUCGUAGGUGCAGCCUCAAUCUCCACAACCUGCUCAACCUCAUUCCACACACACUCGCAGUUCAACUUGCAGGGACCGAGCAACAACCAAAACGUGGUGACGAAGACUACAUCGAACGGCCUGAGAAUGCAGUCAUCCUUGUCCAACACAAAUCCCACUCGCAGAAGAAUGAGGCAGAGGCAGCUGGUGGUGUAGGGGUUGGGACUGUAGAAAUNGUAUUAUUUACCUAAUUUUUGUAUUCUAUAAAUUUAAAUAUAAUUAUAUU